AAAGGGAACACAGGUCACACUUGAACUGGGUGACUGGAUGACUUAAUGAUUAACACAAUGUUUUCAGAUCAGUCCAAAGUCCAUGCUUUGCAGAUUUCGAAUUGCAAGCAGCAUAGCUCAGUGCCUCACCGUUGCCUUCCUCCUCUUACUGCUCACUUCAGGUUUUGGGAUGGAGCCCUUGGGGACGUCCACUGUUCUACUGGUCAUCUGCAUCUCCUGCCUCCCCCUUUCUGCCUUCUGGAAGAGCCAGGCCAACAAGAGGAAAAUGCCCCCUGGACCGCCUCCAUUGCCCAUCAUCAGGAAAGCUCUGCGGCUCAAGACCAACCACUUGGACCUGACUCUUUGCAAGGCAAGUGCAACGGCCCCCAUCUCCUCAACAGAGCUUUAUGACAGGCAAGGCGACUAUUCUGUCGAGAGGACUUGGAUUGUGUCUGGGGUUGGACCUGAUGGCCCUUGGGGUCUCUUCCAGUUCUAUGAUUCUAUGAUGUGCCUCUUUGCUUUAUCUCUUUCUCUGCAGCUCAGCAAAAGCUAUGGCCCCAUCUUCACCCUUUAUUUUGGACCGAGGCCUGUUGUGGUGCUCCAUGGCUACGGGGCAGUGAAGGAAGCCCUGAUCGAACGGGCUGAUGAGUUUGCAGCCCGAGGGAGAAUGCCAUCGAUGGAGAAAUACUUUCAGGGCAAAGCACUGUGACCCUGAUGUGAACUUUUGACCAGCAUACCAUCCUGACCUGAGUACUACCAGGCUGCCUCAGGUCAUAUUCUACAAACAUGGAUUACCAUGAUCACCAUCUGGAAAUAAAACAAUGGACUCUUUCUCAAACUUUGGAGGGCAAUGCCAGGCCAUUUGAGAAUAAAGCAAUCUUUGGACAUGCCAAUCACUAACCUAAAUGGCUUACCUGCUCUGCGAAGAGGCUAGGGUAAGCCACAGCUGUCAAGACAAAGCCAUCUCCCUUCCUUGGACUCUGAAUCAUUUUUAAUCAAGAUUUCUGAUGCUGCUGCUCUUUUGACAAUAGGACUGACAUCCAAGGGACUUGUUAUUCCAAUCAGUAUAUCAAUAGGCAGGUCCGGUUAGCAGGUCUCUGGGGCACUCACUGGACCGUUUAACAAUGGAACCGACAUAGGGUCACUUUCAUCAACAUAUUAUUGCCUUUGUUUCUCCUGCUGCUGCACCUCCCUCUCUCUCCCCCAUUGGCCAGCCAGGGAGAGACGUCACAGGCAGGCGUGUCAAUCUCCCACCUCUCCAGGGAGCCUAUGCCAAUCACAGCAAGGCUGGAACCUAAAAACUGUAUAAACAUGCAUGCUUUGCUAUGUUAUGUAUCUCAGUCUAUUUUUGGCAAACUAUCGCAGGCUGGCAUCACUUUCAGCUGAAUUUACAUAAAAUUCUUCGGUGGCUUCUGCUUCAA